GAUAUUGCAUUUUUUUGAUAAUAUUUAAAAAUUAAUAUAUUAAUAAAACACAUUGAAUUUGGAUGUAUUUUGGGCUCGCACUACUUAACGAAAAUAUUAAUGUUAUAAGUCAAAUAGUUUUAUUGUUGUGUAUAUAUGUUAAAAAUUAAAUUGCUUGGCAUUUUCAUUUAAUCAUGGACGAUAAUUCUCCUAGCAGUGGAAUCACGGAUGAAGAGGAACCAGCCUUAGACCAUACUUUAACUAUAAAACCUCCUCAAGCUAAAGUGCAAAAAUCAAGACACAAAGUACCAAGUCAUCAUAAACAUUCAAAAGAUCCAGCAAAAAAACAUCAAUCUAGACAUCUUGACAAGAGGAAACACAGGCAUACACGGGAAGAAGAACAUGAUCACAGAAGUAAAAGAAUAAAAAAACCUGAUGAUUAUUACAAAUUAGAUUCUAGAAAUCCCGAUAGAAUUGAGAAUGAAGAUUGGGAUCAUUAUAAGAAAAGAAGUAGCCAUAGCCAUGAUAAACAUUCAAAACAUGAAAAAUUCUCUAGAGAAGAGGGUUUGAAAGAAAAUGAUUUGAGAAAUUUGUUGCAAAAAAAGAAAAUGGAAAAAGAAGAAAGAUAUCGUACAUCAGAUCAUAAACAUUAUCAUCAGUCAAAAGAGGGAAAUGAUAAUGAAUCCAGGGAUGCACGAAAAAAACGAGAAGAAGACGAAAGGGACACCCGUCGACACAGAGAACGUGAUCAAUAUAUCGAACAGUAUUAUAAAAUGAUAGACCGCCCUAGGCCAGAUAUAGCACCUGAUUUGGUGGUUUUAUCUAACGAUUCAUCUUCGUCCGAUUCUGAAAAAGAAAGUGGUGAACACGAAGAAGAAAAUAAUAAAUCAAAACCAGAAGAAAACUCCCUUACUCCACCUCUAGAAGAAGCCAAAUCAGUUCCUAACAGCGAAGCGGAAGAAUCGGGCGAUGAAACUGAUAGUUCUGGUUCAACUGCUUCGAGUUCUUCUAAAAGUUCACAAUCUAGUGAAAAAUCUGGCGAUAGAUCUAGUAGUAGUGCUAAUAAUUCAGUAAAAGAAGAAUCAAAAUCACCAGAAGUUGACACUGAAAUACAAAUGGAUAUUCCAUUGGAAAAAAAUUCUUCACCGCCACUGUUACCUAAAGAAUAUUUACCGGCUUUGCAAGGAUGUCGAAGUGUAGAAGAAUUUCAAUGUUUAAACAGAAUUGAAGAAGGAACAUAUGGUGUAGUUUACCGUGCAAAAGAAAAACAAACAGAUGAAAUAGUAGCUUUAAAGCGGCUUAAAAUGGAAAAAGAAAAAGAAGGAUUUCCAAUCACUUCGUUAAGGGAAAUAAGUACUCUACUAAAAUCUCAGCAUCCUAAUAUAGUGACUGUGAGAGAAAUAGUUGUUGGUAGCAAUAUGGACAAAAUUUUUAUUGUGAUGGAUUAUGUAGAACAUGAUAUGAAAUCGUUAAUGGAAACAAUGAGACAGAAAAAACAAUCUUUUACAGCAGCUGAAGUCAAGUGUUUAAUGCAGCAACUUCUUGCAGCUGUAGAACAUUUACACGACAAUUGGAUUCUUCAUAGAGAUUUAAAAACAUCAAAUUUGCUUCUAAGUCACAAAGGCGUUUUAAAAGUUGGUGAUUUUGGUUUGGCAAGGGAAUAUGGUUCGCCAUUAAAAGCAUAUACACCGGUUGUUGUAACAUUAUGGUAUCGUUCGCCUGAACUUUUAUUAGGUGCUAAAGAAUAUUCCACCCCAAUUGACAUUUGGUCUGUGGGUUGUAUAUUUGCUGAAUUUCUUUUGAUGGAACCUUUGUUCACUGGAAAAUCUGAAUAUGAUCAAUUAAAAAAAAUCUUCACUACUUUUGGUACUCCUAAUGAAAAAGUUUGGCCUGGAUAUUGCAACUUAUCAUUAGUGACAAAAUUGUCAAUGCCAGAUUUUCCUCCUUCAAAUUUCAAAGGAAGAUUUAUGAAAGACGGUGUUUUGUCUGAUAUUGGAUAUGAUAUUCUUAAAAAGAUGCUUACGUAUAACCCAGCAACUCGUAUCACAGCAGAAGAGGCACUUGGCCACAAAUAUUUCUCAGAAUUGCCCCUCGCUAUAGAUCCAGCAAUGUUUCCAACAUGGCCUGCCAAAAGUGAAGGCGGGACACGCAAAGCUGCUGCCAGUCCAAAACCACCUUCUGGAGGAAGAGACUAUAAACAACUUAAAGAAGAUGAAGGAUUCCAUCUCGGAAAUAAUUUAUCAAAAAUUCCUGCAGCACCAGCGUUUAGUCUCAAGUUUUAAUACAUUUUAGUUUAAAAAUAAAAACACCAUAAUUAUUUGGCUGUACCAUUUCUUUUUGCUUAUUAAACAUGUAUUAAUUAGUUUGACUUAUGUAAUUUCUAUUGAUAAAUUCAUAUAAAUAUGAUAAAUAUAUUAUUUUUCUUUACUCAUU